GGUGACGUGACACCUUCGCUCUUCUCUUCGUUUACGCCCUUAAGUGGAUUAUAUGUGGUUUUAUCGAAAAAAUUCUCACCACAUUAACGUAUAUAAAGUAUUCUCCACGAUUGAUAGGUUCUUUUUAACAAUCACAAUUCGUUGGAGUAGAUACGUUCAUAAAAGUUGUUGAGAUCGUAACAUGCAAUCAAUUUCUAUGUAAUAUUAUUUGCAAAAUAUGAAGAAGAAAAGAAAAUAAAUUCUUACUUUAAUUGAACUUUUUGAGUGGCGUUUAAAAAUAUCUCAACGUUGCAUCUAUAGAAAUUCAAUUAAAAGUUUUAUAAAUACAAAACUUUUGAGCCCAGUUUUCUUCAUUGUUAGAACAUGUACUAUACAUAUAAAAUCUAAGUCUGAAUGAAGCCAAUUAUGAAAUUAAUUGCAGAUUUAAUUAUAGCAUGUUGAUAUUUUCACGUCAAACAUGAUCAAAGUGAACAUACAAAGAACAGGAAGGAAAUAAACGCGAUUUAUAAAAUGUCUGAGUAUCCGGAAAUUACAGGCGAACCCGGAGAGGAGGAGACGAAUCCUUUAGGGUUAUAUGAAGGUGAACGAAACGAGAAGGGAGAUCGGCAUGGUCGAGGGAAAGCUUUGCUUCCGAAUGGCGACAUGUACGAGGGACAAUAUUGUAAAGGAUUAAGACACGGUCCAGGAUUAUACGUAUUUAAAAAUGGAGCACGAUACGACGGGCAAUAUAGACAAGGCGUGAAGUAUGGUCAAGGAACAUUUUGGUACCCUGAUGGCACUCGAUACGAGGGUAACAAAACAAUGUACAGUACCGAGCACGAUAGGCUUUCCUAGAAAAAAUGGCGAUGUACCUUCCUCUACGAAAGAGUAGGAAUCCGGGAAUCAAAAACAUCCGGGACAUCACCAUUUUCCCUGGGGAAGCGUACUAUACUCGAUACUGUACGUUUAACAGGAGAAUGGAAACGGGAUACGAAAUACG